AUGUGGAAGAUUGGAUCUACCUUUAAUUUCGAGAUUUCUGUGAUGCGCAUGCUUAUUUGCUUUGUUGAAUGGGAAGUGCAAAGUGACAGAGAAAAAGUGAGAGAGGAGUCCAGAGCUGCUGGUAGGCAGCUCGACACUUUUGAUAACAUUGGUUUCCAUGGAAGCAUGUUUCCCAGCAUAUUUGGAGGGAAGGAUCCUUUCGAUGAUCCUUUCUUUUCUCGUCCCCAUGGGGCCUUGUUUGGCUCGCACAAGAUAAGCUCCGGUAAUCCUGGUAACGUGCAGCCUAUGAGCAGAUCAAAAGGACUAGUGAUAGAAAAGCUGGAUAGUGAUGCUGAAGAUGUGGAGAAUGAUGUUCGUCGUCCCUCUUGGGCAAAUAACAAUCCACUUGUUGAGCAUCCGGAUGAUCAGGAUGAUGAUUAUGGAAAGAGUCCCAGAAAACAAAGGGACGUGUCUUCCAGUGCAAAUCAGAUCAAAGUGGAACCAGAGAAACCACGGUCUCACAGUGUAAGCUUCCAGAAGGUGACAUAUGGUGGGAUCAACGGAUCAUAUUAUACAGCAACAACUUCUCGUAGGGCGGGAAGCGAUGGAGUGACGUGGGAAGAGAGCAAGCAGGCUGAUCGAACGACAGGUCAAGCAGCUAACAAGGUCUCCAGAGGAAUUCAUGAUAAGGGGCAUUCAGUCACAAGGAAGCUUGGUUCGGAUGGUAAAGUGGAAAGUGUGCAGACUCUACAAAACCUAAAUGAAGAUGAACUUGACAGCUUUGAAAAAGCUUGGGGAGGCAUUGCAGACAAUCACUUCCGUGGUAGGAAUGAUUCAUUUGAUUUUCCUAAUAUCUCAGGGAUGCAAAGCAAUAGGCUUGGUUCAUUGGCAGCCUGGGGAAGCUUAUCCGAUCCAUUGCGAGACACAAACAGAAUCAGGAGCUUCAACCAGGAGCAAUCCACGAGAGGAAGACCGAAAAAGGUGGUUACCAUAAACAUCGAAUAA